AUGGCGGACCGCCUGAACAGCAUGUCCGUCGGCGACAGCGUCCAGCUGGCGUGCCGUGAUUCGCUGCUGCCGUUCCUGCAGCAGGAGACGCGCGCAGCGGGCGCAGGGGGAAACGGUGGCGGGGGAGGCGGGGCGGGGUCGGACGGGGGGGAGCUGAAGCUUCUGGAAGUUGACGAGUCGAUGCUGGCGGAGCUGCUGCGCGACGGGCUGGUUAUAAAGGGUACACCAGAAGAAGGGGACGAGGCGGUUCUAUGCACUCGCAGCAGCACCUUCGCUCUCAAGCUGGUUACCACCACCAACCUGCUGCUCCUCGUCCCUCCACAUGAUGAAAACACACCUGAAAAAACAUCUGAAGAAACGCCUGAAAAGACACCUGAAAUUGCAAUGGAAGACUCCAGCGAAAAUGUUGAUAUUCAAGACGAGAAGCUUCAAAAUGUGACAAUACCGAGGGUGACUGCAGCAGCAGUUGCGUCCAGCCACCUGGAGGUUGUUCCCGUGGCGCCUCGGCUGGCCCGGCUGACCCACCUGCUGUCUGCAUGUGCUUAUAACGAGCGGGACGAGGAGGAGGAUCUGAGAGGGGGUGAAGGGGAGGGCGAGGAGGGAGAGGGAGGAGGUGGGAGGAGAGGAGCUGGUGGGAUGGGAGGAGGAAUGUAUAAUGGAGCCAGGGAGGGUGUAGGAGAGGGAGGUAUAGAGAAGAGGGGGAGACAGAAAGGGUACACGUGGCAGGAGCUGGUUGGUCGGGUGCAAGCGAGUGAGGAAGAGAUUCGAGCUGGCUUGGAGGCUGCUGGUGCCGUGAAGGUGGGUGGAGAGCGGUGCAAGAUUGGUGACACGUGGCGCGGAGUCGACCCCGGAUACCUCGCCUUGCUCCUCCGCCUCCUGCUGCUCACAGCAGCAGCCAAUGACUGGCCGCCACGUGCCAUUCCCGAGGCUGCUGCUGUGGCUGCCAUGUGUGGGGAAGCGGGGGAGGGGGGAACGGGGGAAGGGGGAGCGAGGGAGGGGGAGAGGAGGGAGGGUCCGAGGGCAGAGCUGGUGAGGCACUGUCUGAAGGUGUUUGGUAAGCGGAGGAGGAAGGGGAGGAGAGAGGAGUGGGAGGAGGCGAGGAGCGUCAGAGUGGGGGGGAGUGUGGGGGACGGGGACGAUGGAGAGAUGGAAAGAGGUAUUAGAGGAAGGGAUGGGAAGGAGGAUGAAGAGCGUGGAAGAGGAGGGGGAGGGGAGGGUGGAGGAGGGAAAGGGGGGGAGUGUGUGUGGUGGGAGUUGGAUGAGUGCAAGGUGUGUCGCCACUAUGCCAGGCAGCUGUUGGAAUCAGGCGCUCGCUGGCGCCUCUCUGCAUUCAUGGAAGCAUGGGCAAAGAAGGUCCCACCCGCCAUGGCCCAAUCACUGGACGCCACGUGGCUGAGAGGCCUGGCAAUCCUACAGCACGUGGGAGGACCAGCAGCAGCAGCCGCCGCAGCAGCGGCAGUGACAGCUGCAGCGACAGCAGCUGGGAAAUCGGAGGAGGAACAGGAGUGUGAGCCGUUGGGAGGGGUGCAGAGCACGUGGGUGCGCUUCCUGCCGAGUGACCAGCUGCCAGCCACGGCAGAGCACCGCUUCCAGGCGCUGUUCACCGUGCAGCCCAUGUGGGCUCUUGCUGACCUUGAACCCUAUCUCAUUGAUCUACAGGGGCCCGGCCAAUCAGUGGAGACCCUUCUCAUGCGAUUCACUCGUAAGGCCACGCUAGGACCCUCGGUCCCCUUCCCUCCCCUGGGGGACGGCUCUCAGGCCACACGGGGACCCUCGGUCCCCUUCCCCCCCCUGGGGGACGGCUCUCAGGCCACACGGGGCCCUCGGUCCCCUUGCCCCCCUGGGGGACGGCUCUCAGGCCACACGGGGACCCUCGGUCCCCAUCCCCCCCUGGGGGACGGCUCUCAGGCCACACGGGGACCCUCGGUCCCCUUCCCCCCCUGGGGGACGGCUCUCAGGCCACACGGGGACCCUCGGUCCCCUUCCCCCCCUGGGGGACGGCUCUCAGGCCACACGGGGACCCUCGGUCCUCUUCCCCCUUUGGGGGAUGGCUCUCAGGCCACACGGGGACCCUCGGUCUCCUUCCCCCCCUGGGGGACGGCUCUCAGGCCACACGGGGACCCUCGGUCCCCUUCCUCCCCUGGGGGACGGCUCUCAGGCCACACGAAGACCCUCGGUCCCUUCUUUUUAUUGGGAGACGUCCUUGGGUGCGCGUUGAGUUGA